AUGCCGUUUCAGGAGGUGUGGAGGAGAAGUUUUUGCCGCACUAUCGAGCGGCUGGUUGAGGUUGUACAAGAGUAUCCUGGAGAGGUGGAGUAUAUUUACAGUCCCGCCUGUGUCCCAUUGGUCCGUUGUGCUGGUUGCUGUGGAGAUGAAAACCUUGAGUGUCACCCUACUCUUACUUCUAAUGUCACGAUGCAGUUGCUGAAGAUAAAGCCGGCCGAGCAGGAUCAGCAAUAUGUGGUGAUGACGUUUGUGGAGCACAAAAGCUGUGAAUGUAGACUUAGAAAAGCCACAGUGAAACAAGAAAGACGAAGAUCAAGAGGGAGAGGGAGGAAAAGAAAGGAAAGACAAAAAAUGAAAGACUGUGACACCCCUGUUACCAAGCCUUUCAGCACAUCUAUGGUUACUGUGUCUCCUCUGGGCUCUGGGUAUUACGAGACUCAAGCUUCAGGUUGUCAUGGCAACCAGAUUGUCUAUCUUGCUGCUGAGGAGCAGUUUUAG